AUGCCCACCCCAAACCGUCCAGUCCCCUCCCGCCUUCCCCCCCACCCCCACGAAGAGUGGGAUCGAGCAGGUGGAAUUGACAGAUUUCGAUGUGAUUAUGUCUCGAGCUAUCAAAACUUAUUCCAAAUGCAUGUUGAUUUGCGGGGAGAAUACAUGUUUGCAGCCUGUCUUGAUGAUCACAUCUGCACUCGCUCUCUCUCUCUCUCUCUUUAUCCCUCUGCUCCAAUGACACUUCUGGCCACGUGCUUGUCUCUCUGUGUGUUUGCGUGUAUGCUAGUGUGGUGGAGAGGUGAAUUUGGUGUCAAUUUACUCGAAGCAUUCCAGUUCGAGUCUCGCUGA